GCCAUAAUACAUACUAUAAUGCAUUUUAUUAUUGAACAAAACUUUUUAUGUUUGCUUAUUAUAUAAUCCCUCAACUUUAUGCAACUUCAUACCAUUAAACAUCACCCCACACACACACACACACACACACAGAUGGACUUCACUCAACAUGGUCUCCUAGACGAAUUACUAUCUCCAGAAAGGGACACUAAUUGGACCAACUUUCCUACGGGAGAGAAUGACUUCUUCUCCAAUGGGUGGAUGUUUGAAUCUUUUGAUCAUGAGAGCCAAGUUUUCUUUAGUUCUCCAAAUCCAAAUCCAAAUCCAAACCCAAAUCCGCCAUUUUUAGGAGUCACCUCACCAACAGAUCUCAAUGAACUCUACCCUUUUUUUGAUGGCUUCACAGAACCACCAGAGCUUGAUUCAUCAUCAUAUCACUAUAACCAUGGCACAACUCACUCAUCAAUGGUGGAAGAUGGAGACUACGGCUUUGUUGGACUUACCAAUGAUCACAGUUUGGAGCAAACAAUAAAUUGCUGCAAAGUUGAGAUACAAAUGGAAUCUACUGUUGAUAAUAUCACACAAUCCAACAUAGUUUUGUGUGGGGAGAAAAAGAAUAGAGUUAAGAAGGCCGAGCGGCAGCCCUCGAAGAAUCUCAUGGCAGAAAGAAGGCGAAGGAAGCGUGUAAACGACCGCCUUUUGAUGCUCAGAUCAAUUGUCCCUAAGAUAAGCAAGAUGGACAGGACAUCAAUACUAGGAGAUACAAUAGGCUAUAUGAAAGAGCUCUUGGAAAAAGUAAAAACCUUGCAAGAAGAAGAUGAUACACAAGCCAGUAUGAAUCAAGUGAAUUUAAUGGAUAGUUGCAAGGAACUAAAGCCAAAUGAGCCACUAGUGAGGAAUUCACCAAAGUUCAAUGUAGAAAGGACAAACACAGAAACACGGAUUGAGAUUCGUUGUGCAGCAAAACCAGGACUGUUGUUAUCAACAGUUAAUUCACUAGAAUCACUCGGCAUCAACGUUCAACAAUGUGUCAUAAGUUGUUUUAAUGAUUUUUCAAUGCAAGGUUCUUGUUCGGAGGGUUUGGAGCAGCAAAUGGUGAUAAGUUCUGAAGACAUAAAACAAGCAUUAUACAGAAAUGCAGGUUAUGGAGGUCUAUGUCUCUAGGAGGAGCAUUGGAAAAUAAAUCUAGACAACUUUAUUAUUAUUAUUAUUAUUUUUUUUUUUGUGAAGCCUUGGUAGAUGUAUUUUAAUUUUGAUGUCAGCUCUUCACAGAAUUUUGCAAGUGAGAGAAGCUGCAAUAAUGUUGUAUUUCAAGUAUUGUUUAUCCAAUAGGUCCAUGAUCCACUCCACAACCUAAAAUGUAUUUUCUAUUGAUUAAUGCAAGGGCCAAUUAUUCCCCUUCA